AUUCCAGAAUGGUAGUUUGUUCUUUGUCAAGGUUUUGGCAGCUUUUUGACUGGCUCUUUUAUUCUGAAUCCGGAUUUAGGGUCCAGUAAGUUUCCAUUUAAUCGAACUCUAUGUGGUGUUGAGUGUUCUCCUCUUCGGACCUGAAAUGGAGAGGGCUUGGAUCCCUGCCAGAUCAUAUCUUCUCUGUUUAUCCUUGUCGUUGCCACCACAAACCCCACCUCCCCACCCCCCUCAAACCCUCACUCGAAAAUAAGGCAAACGGCAAGCAUUUGCGAAAGUCAUUAGCUAACUGACGAAGGAAGUUGGUAUACAAAGCGAAAGAUGGUGAGUCCCAGUCUUUGGAUAGAAUUCUUCUGUUUUUGAGUGGAAAUUAAAUCAUGGCAUUCGAGACCAAUUGCUAAAGGUGGAAGGCAACUGCUGAACGACAGGAAAAGACUCUAUAAGGAGAUGGUUUUGAACGAAGCCAUAGCACAUAGUUUAUUCCUCAAUAUUUAACUUUGGGGACUCCCUAUCCGACACUGGGAACUUGCCGCUCAUCCUAAAUGCUUCAACUCUGCCAAUCGGCAGCCUUCCUUAUGGCAUGACCUUCUUUGGUCGCCCGACGGGUCGUUUUUCUAAUGGACGGUUGAUCAUAGACUUCCUAGCUGGCGCUUUUGGGUUCCCUUUCCUUCCACCAUUCUUAGCUCGCGGCAAAGACUUCCAUCAAGGAGCCAAUUUUGCGGUCUCGGGUGCCACAGCAAUCGACAUUGAAUUCUUCCAAGGGAGAGGCCUUGGCGAUAUCGCUAGGGUCAAUCAGUCAUUGAGCGUCCAGCUUCGGUGGUUCGAGGAGUUGAAGCCUUCUCUCUGCAACUCAACUAGAAGCUGCAAGGACUACUUCAGUAAAUCUCUCUUCAUGAUCGGAGAGAUUGGAGUGAAUGAUUACAGCACUCCCUUGAGAGCAAGGAGGAGCUUGAAGGAAGUGAGAUCAUACGUGCCCAAAGUCAUCGAAGCAGUGUCGACGGUGACCGAGAGAUUGAUUGAAAAUGGGGCGGUGGACCUGGUGGUGGCGGGGGAUCCACCCCUCGGAUGCUUUGGGGUGUUCCUCACGCUUUACAUGAGUUCUAAGAAAGAGGACUAUGACCCCAGUACUGGAUGCCUGAACAAGUUGAACGAUUUGACGAGAUACCAUAAUAGGAUGCUGCGUCGGUUAUUGGAACAGUUCCGGACCAAAUACGCACGGUUAAGGUUCACUUAUGCGGAUUACUAUGAUCCAGUAAUUCGACUGGCUCGCAAUCCGACACGCUAUGGAUUCAGCAAUGGAGCUUUAAAAGUCUGCUGCGGAGGUGGCGGCUCAUAUAAUUUUAAUGCAACCCUUUUUUGCAGUCAACCAGGUUUUAACGUGUGUAAAGAUCCCUCGACUUACGUAGGUUGGGAUGGCAUCCAUUUAACGGAAGCUGCCUACCGUUUCAUUGCCAUGGGUUUGCUGAAUGGUCCUUUUGCUGACCCACCCCUUAUGAGAAGCGGUGUGGCCGUGGAUACGAGUUUAGCCAAUCAAAAUUUCUUAAAACAGAAAACUUUAUACCAUUUGGCAUCCACUAUAUUCUGUAUAUUUCUCUUGGCAUGUGGCUCGGUUUCUUCAUAGUGAAGUGGAAUUAUCACAAGCUUGAUUGCCACGGAUCUAUUUUAUAAUGAUUCAUGAAGAGGCUUGAGGAACUUCACUUUCCUCUAGUUAUGGCGAAAUGACGCAUCAUAAUAAAAUUCCAGUAAUUUGCUUACCA